AUGGUUUCAGCGAUGGUCAACGCCAGCAACACGCCCAACGCGGCGCGCGUGCUGAACCAGCAGCUCGCGGGCCUCGUCGCCGGCGCCGCGCCCGGCGGCGCCGGCGGCCCCGCCGGCGCCGCCGGUGGCGGCGGCGGCGGGGACACGGUCAGCAUGGUGACGGGCCUGGCCAUGAACUGCACGGACGUUCCCGCCGCGUACUUUGCGACGGCGGCGGAGAUCAGCCGGAAGCUGUACUGCGGGUACUACCAGGCGCGGUGCGACGGCACGACGGGCGCGCAGCAGCUGGCGGCGGCGUACGACUGGAAGAGCUCCGGCAGCGCCAGGUGCGCGCGGCGGGAGCGAUGCAUGCGCGCGUAG